CACACCCCCACGAUGCUCUAUGCCCAUCACCGGAACAGCCAAACUGGUGGACACCCCUUUCCCUACCGGUCUGUGCGUGUCCCUCCCCAAUUUUGGGGGUGUCGGGAGCCAAUUUCCGGGCUGAAACAACGCUCGAGUUGAGAAGGAAGUACGACGGCCCGCGGGGAGGAGGAAGGCAGCCAGAGCUGGAGUUUCCAGGGCUGGCUGGGUGCCCUGGUGCUGCUGGGCACCCUGAUGCUGUGCCGUGGUCUGCGCCGCCCCGGUAGCCCCCCGCACCAUCCCCACGUCCACUGCUACAGCGUGGGUGAGCUGCGGGACGGCGAAGCCCCCGCGCAUCUCUUGGGCCGCAGCCUGCGCUGGGACCACUACGUGCCGGUGCAGCUGGUGCCGCAGCUGGAACGCUUGCAGGAGGCCAACGCCGGCCAUCGCCGCCACCGUCGCCAUCGCGAGCGUGCCUGCCCCACGCUGCAGCUCCGCGCCGGCCUUCGCAGCGAACCCAACGAGCGCUCCAUCUCCCCGUGGCGCUACCGCAUCGAUGAGGAUGAGAACCGCUACCCGCGCAAGCUGGCCUUCGCCGAGUGCCUCUGCAGCGGCUGCGUGGACGUCAAGACGGGUCGGGAGACGACGUCGCUCAACUCCGUGGCCAUCCACCAGACCAUGAUGGUCCUGCGGCGCAAGCCCUGCCCACGUCCCACCGGCCCCGGCCUCGUCACCUUCGAGGUGGACUAUAUUAGGGUGCCGGUGGGCUGUACCUGCGUCCUGCCCCGCACCGGGCGCUGAGCCCCCCGACCCCGGCUCCCGUGGAGCCCCAUAGCGUGACCGUGUCACC